AUGCUAGAGCCUGAUGCUGCAGCCGCCCCGAACACUGGAGCAGCCAUGAGGAUCCAGGCUUCAGGGGCAGAGCAGCGGAGGAAGAGCGGAGACAGCCCAGAGCGGAGCCAGCUCCUCUGCCUGCACUGUCAGGACGAGAUGCGGGCACUUUGUCCCGGGACGCCACAGAGGAGCCCGAGACGCACCCUCACCACACGCCUCUCCUCUGGCUCUGCAGACCGCGAUCCGAGCAGUGGCAGCUACAAUGCCUCCACUGGGACGUUCUACAGCUGUGUCAGUCAGAUUACUAUCGGAUUUGACCUCGGGGGGCAGGUGGCCAUUGAGUUCUCCCACUGGAACAGCCCUCUAACAGAAAACAGUGCGAACCUGCCCAGUCCAGACACAGCCCGCUCCGAAGGCUCCGCUCUGCCCGUCCUGAGUGAGCGGCUGGAGGCUGUGUCUUGUCCUGCAUCCCUGUCCCUCACCCCUCUGUCCACCUCCAGCCAGGACACCAUCUGUGACUGCUCCAUUGCACCGUUGCCCCAUGCCUCUGACCCUCGGUGCCAAAUGCUGCCGUCACUGCCACCUGUCUGUGUUUGCGGCUACCGCAACACCACCCACCCGCGGCUUCAAUGCUCCUUUGUUCUGAUUGGCUCCUGUCAGACCAGCUGGCUUUCUGAUUGGAGGAUCUGA